AUGAAUCCGCAAGGAAAUUUCAUUAUUAACGGUCAUAAUAAAGUGGUAGUCUUUCAGUCAGUGCGAGCUCCGGCAGUUUAUUAUUAUUUUGGGGAAGAAGAAAAUGAAUUUUUAGGGGAAAUUAUUCCUUUUAAGGGGCCUUGGAUUAGCAUUUCUUAUAGUGCCAAAAAACCGCUGGCCAUUGAGUUAAAAUUUCUUAAUUCAGGACUAGUGUUUGAUUUCCUAAAUGUCUUAAAAACAUUUGCG